GGCCAGGGCGGCCCGGGCGGCCCGUCCGUGGCGGCGGCGCGGGCCCCCGGCGCGUUGCCGCCCGCCUCCCGGCCCGGGCCGCGUCGGUGUCCGGGCGCCGCGGCCAUGGCGGCCAGCGCCAAGCGGAAGCAGGAGGAGAAGCACCUGAAGAUGCUGCGCGACAUGACGGGGCUGCCGCACAACCGCAAGUGCUUCGACUGCGACCAGCGCGGCCCCACCUACGUGAACAUGACGGUCGGCUCCUUCGUGUGCACGUCCUGCUCCGGCUGCCUGCGAGGGUUAAAUCCACCGCACAGGGUGAAAUCUAUCUCUAUGACAACAUUCACACAACAGGAAAUUGAAUUUCUGCAAAAACAUGGAAAUGAGGUCUGUAAACAGAUUUGGCUAGGAUUAUUUGAUGAUAGAUCUUCAGCAAUUCCAGACUUCAGGGAUCCACAAAAAGUGAAAGAGUUUCUACAAGAAAAAUAUGAAAAGAAAAGAUGGUUUGUCCCACCAGAGCAAGCCAAAGUGGUGGCAUCAGUUCAUGCAUCUAUUUCAGGGUCCUCUGCCAGUAGCACAAGCAGUACACCUGAGGUUAAACCCUUGAAAUCUCUUUUAGGAGAUUCAGCACCAGCAUUGCACUUAAAUAAGGGCACACCUAGUCAGUCCCCUGUUGUAGGUCGCUCUCAAGGACAACCACAGGAAAAGAAGCAGUUCGACCUUUUAAGUGAUCUUGGCUCAGACAUCUUUGCUGCUCCAGCUCCGCAGUCCACAGCCACGGCCAAUUUUGCUAACUUUGCACACUUCAACAGCCAUGCAGCUCAGAAUUCUGCAAAUGCAGAUUUUGCAAACUUUGAUGCGUUUGGACAGUCUAGUGGUUCGAGUAAUUUUGGAGGUUUCCCCACAGCAAGUCACUCUCCUUUUCCGCCCCAAACAGGUGCAAGUGCUGGAUCAGUAAAUGCUAAUUUUGCUCAUUUUGAUAACUUCCCCAAAUCCUCCAGUGCUGACUUUGGAACCUUCAACACUUCUCAGAGCCAUCAAACAGCAUCAGCAGUCGGUAAAGUUCCAUCGAAUAAAGCUGCUCUACAAACUGCAGAUAAAUAUGCAGCACUUGCUAAUUUAGACAAUAUCUUCAGUGCUGGGCAAGGUGGUGAUCAGGGAACUGGCUUUGGAGCUGCUGGAAAAGCUCCUGCUGGUUCUGUGGUUUCGGUUCCUAGUCAGCCGAGUGCAUCCUCAGACAAGUAUGCGGCCCUUGCGGAACUGGACAGUGUUUUCAGCUCUGCAGGCACCUCGAGUAAUGCAUAUACUUCCACAAGUAACGCCAGCAGCAGUGUGUUUGGGACGGUGGCCGUGGGCGCGUCUGCACAGACACAGCCUGCCUCUGCAAGUGUGCCUGUUCCGUUUGGAGGUGCGCCUUCUACAAAUCCAUUUGUUGCUGCUGGUGGUCCUUCUGUUGCAUCUUCGACAAACCCCUUUCAGACCAAUGCCAGAGGAGCAACAGCAAUGCAUUCUCAAGUGUUUCCUCACGCUCAUUUUGCCGCCACGUUUGGCACCGCCUCCAUGAGCAUGCCCGCGGGCUUCGGCACGCCUGCCCCCUACAGUCUUCCCACCAGCUUCAGCGGCAGCUUCCAGCAGCCUGCCUUCCCCGCCCAAGCCGCGUUCCCUCCGCAGACAGCUUUCUCGCAACAGCCCAAUGGUGCAGGUUUCGCAGCAUUUGGACAAACCAAGCCAGUGGUGACCCCUUUUGGUCAAGUUGCAGCUGCUGGAGUAUCCAGUAAUCCUUUCAUGACUGGUGCACCGACAGGACAAUUUCCAACGGGAAGCUCAUCAACCAAUCCUUUCUUAUAGCCUUAUAUAGACACUUUACUGGAACGAACUUUUUUGUGGUCACAUUACAUCUCUCCGCCUCUUGCACUGUUGUCUUGUUUCACUGAUCUUAGCUUUAAAUACAAGAGAAGUCUUUAAAAAGCCUGCAUUGUGUAUUAAACACCAGGUAAUGAUGUGCAAAACAGAGGGCUCCAGUAACAACGUUUAACCUGUGAAUUGGCAGAAAAAAAGGUAGCGGUAUCAUGUAUAUUAAAAAUUGGCUAAUAUUAAGUUAUUGCAGAUACCACAUUCAUCAUGCUGCAGUACUGUACAUAUUUUUCUUAGAAAUUAGCUAUUUGUGCAUAUCAGUAUUUGUAACUUUAACACAUUGUUAUGUGAGAAAUGUUACUGGGGAAAUAGAUCAGCCACUUUUACGGUGCUGUCAUAUAUCUUGGAAUGAAUGACCUAAAAUCAUUUUAACCAUUGCUACUGGAAAGUUACAAAGUCAAAAUCGGAAGGUUUUAUUCAUCCUUGAAUUUUUCCUUUCUAAAGAGCUCUUCUAUUUAUACAUGCCUAAAUUCUUUAAAAAUGUAGAGGGAUACCUGUCUGCAUAAUAAAGCUGAUCAUGUUUUGCUACAGUUUGCAGGUGAAAAAAAAUAAAUAUUAGAAAAUAUGCUA